AUGUAUUACAGCAAGGGCAACUACGAAGCCUUUGCUCGUCCACUCAAGCCGGAAGGCAUUGAGGCCAAGACGGCAUGGAUUGUCGGUUCAGGCCUCGCCGGACUCUCCACAGCCGCAUUCCUUGUGCGAGAUGCUCAAAUGCCCGGCAAGAACAUCACCAUCCUCGAAGAACUUAAGAUCCCAGGCGGUGCAUUGGAUGGCAUCAAGGAACCGGAGAAAGGGUUCGUCAUCCGAGGCGGCCGAGAGAUGGAGUCCCACUUCGAGUGCCUUUGGGAUUUAUUCCGCUCCGUUCCCUCCAUCGAGGAAAAGGGUGCAAGUGUUCUUGAUGAGUUUUACUGGCUCAACAAGCGUGACCCAAACUUCUCACUGCAGCGAGCUACUAUCAAACAAGGCCAGAAUGCAGAGACUGGUCAAAACUUUACUCUUAGCGAAAAGGCACAGGCUGAGAUGACUAGACUCUUCCUUUCUACCAGGCAGGAAGUCGAGAACAAGCGAAUUGAUGAAGUCUUUGGCCAAGAUUUCUUCAAGAGCAACUUUUGGCUUUACUGGCAGACAAUGUUUGCUUUCCAGACAUGGCAUUCGGCUCUGGAGAUGAAGCUAUAUCUCCACCGCUUCGUCAACCACAUCAAAGGCAUGCCGGACUUUUCGACUCUCAAGUUUACUAAAUACAAUCAAUACGAGUCUCUGGUGCUGCCUUUACACAAGUGGCUCGAGGACCAGGGAGUGGUUUUCCAGUACAGCACUGAGGUGCAGGAUGUUGAUUUCGACAUCCAGGAAGACAAAAAGACCGCCACUUUCAUUCACUGGGUCAAAGAGGGAGAGAAGGGUGGUCAGGCCCUUACAACAAAUGACCUUCUUUUCACUACUAUUGGUUCGCUGACCGAGAACUCUGGCUUGGGUGACCAACAUACCGCAGCCAAAAUUCACGAUGGUCCAGCUCCAGCAUGGGAUUUGUGGCGUCGAAUCGCGGCUAAAAAUGCUUCGUUUGGGCGUCCAGAUGUCUUCUGUAGCAAUAUCCCUGCAACUAAAUGGAUGUCCGCAACUGUCACGACCUUGGAUACGCGUAUUCCCGACUACAUCCAGAAGGUCUGCAAGCGAGAUCCCUUCAGUGGGGGAGUUGUGACUGGAGGCAUUGUAACGGCUCGUGACUCAAGCUGGAUCAUGAGCUGGACGGUGAAUCGUCAGCCUCACUUCAAGAACCAACCCAAAGAUCAGAUUGUUGUCUGGGUGUACGGCCUUCUCAUUGAGAAAGAUGGUGACUACGUCAAGAAGCCAAUGCAAGAGUGUACUGGAGAAGAGAUCACUCAGGAAUGGCUUUAUCACUUGGGCGUUCCUGAAACCGAUAUCGCUACUCUCGCAGCUGAAGGUGCCAAAUGCGUCCCAGUCAUGAUGCCCUACGUCACUUCAUUCUUCAUGCCGCGCCAAGCUGGUGACCGUCCAGAUAUUGUUCCAGCUGGAGCCGAGAACUUUGCCUUCAUUGGCCAAUUUGCCGAGACAACGCGCGAUACUAUCUUCACUACCGAGUACUCGGUUCGCACAGGUAUGGAGUCUGUGUAUCGCCUGACUGGAGUUGAUCGUGGCGUUCCCGAGGUCUUUGGCUCGACUUAUGAUGUAAGAGUAUUGCUCGAUGCUAUCUGUCAGCUGAGAGAUGGCAAGGAGCUGGCUGAAUGGUUGCCAGAUCGUAUUCGCAGGUUUCUUGUUCACAAGUUGGAGGGGUCCCAGAUUGGUAAGUUAAUGCAUGACUAUCAUCUCAUUUGA